AUGGAUUCAAGCGAUAUAAUGGCUGGAGCUCGUUAUGUUAUGCACGGCAAUUUUAAAGUCUUCGCUCGAGCAGUUUUAACUUUGAAUCGAAUUGGCGAAGAACUUUAUCUUGAACCAACUUCUGAGGGGUUUUCAAUGAAAUCGUUGAACUGUAGUAAAUCAGCUUAUGUGACAUUUAUUUUUUCAUCUUCCUUCUUUAGUGAAUGCGAUAUUGGUAGGAUUAAGGAUAAUGAAAAUAAUCUUUGUCGAAUAUCUAUGAAAUGUGCAUUGUCGGCAUUCAAAUGUGUAAAGAAUCAUGAAAAAACGGUUUUAUCAUGUCGAAUGUUCAUUAAUCCAAAAUCAAAUGCUAUGCUUAUUCAGCUUAUUCAUAUUUAUGUUAAGUAA